GACAAAAUUUCUGGCUGCGUCCGUCCUACACACCACGGCACGACUGCGACAAGAUGCCUGGCUUCAGAGGUUCGCACAGAGGCGGGAGGCCUGCUGGGAGAGGCCGUGGAAGCGGUCGUGGAAACGGACGUGGUAGAGGUCGGGGUCGUGGUGGUCACACAACACAGAACCGAGAUGCCUUCAGGGCUUCGCGGCUAAAAGAAGAGGACGAUGACGAUGAUGCACAGAAUGAUGCAGUGUCCGCAGACGAAGGCGGUGAGGUGGAAGGAGACGAUGUCGAAGGCGAAGAAGACAUUCAAUCCGCCAGCGAAGACGAGGCUCCUGCAGCAGAUUCCUACGCCACACUCCUGCAAUCGCUCAAUGCAGCCAGAGACACAGAUGAACCUGCUCGAAAAAAGAGAAGGAUUGCAAAAAAUCAGACGCGGAGAGAAGCUGUAUUGGACGAGGGACACACACAAGAAGACUCGGGUGCAGACCAACAACACCAGGGUGCUGAAGCGGAGGAUCAGCUGGAAGUGCUGGACGAAGAGAUCGAAGAGGAGGGAGAGCAUACCGACGUAGCCCCAGCGGAUGCGGACUCGGAAGAUGAGGGUGAACUUCUCAAAGACCCUUUCGAGAAACACUAUUCUGCCGUGGCGGAAGAAGAUCUCAAGAAUGCCGCUAAACAAGUCGACGAAAAAGAAUGGCAGACACAAACCGCAACAUUGGACAAUGACGUCCGAAAAACAACCAUGUCGCUGACAGGUAGUUCUGCUCUCACUACCUCAGUGAAGAGCGUAAAGGAGCUAUCCCUGAAACGCAGACUUACUGAGACCGGCACGAGACUCGCGGCAUCCCUGACCGUGGAAGAGAAAAGUCUGGCCGGCGCCGUGUUCAAUUACUCCGACAUCAUUUACGGAAAUCGCAGCAUCAGAAACUCGAGCCGGCUUCGCGAUCUGUCCUGCCUACACGCCUUGAACCAUGUGUUCAAGACACGGGACCGCGUUCUCAAGAACAAUGAGAAGCUUCGCACACAGUCCAAUGCAGACACUCUAGAUCUGCGAGAUCAAGGCUUCACCCGGCCGAAAGUCCUCAUCGUCGUCCCCACGAAACAAGCAUGUGUCCGCUUCGUCGACAGUAUCGUCAAACUCAGCGAGCCAGAACAGCAAGAAAACAAAGCCCGUUUCCUCGAGACAUAUUCUCACGAAGAUCCAGACGAGUGGCAAGACAAGCCUGAGGACUUUCGGCAACUAUUCGGCGGCAACCACGAGGAAGACUUCCGAGUCGGAUUGAAAUUCACGAGGAAAACCAUCAAAUACUUCUCCGGCUUCUACAACUCAGACAUCAUCUUCGGCUCUCCGCUGGGGCUGAUGCGCACGAUCACCACAGGCGGUGGAACAAGCAAGAACGACAAAAAGAAAGCUCACGACGCGGACUUCUUGUCAUCCAUUGAAGUCGUGAUCGUGGACCACGCCAACGCCCUACAAAUGCAAAACUGGCAGCACGUCGACUAUGUCUUUUCCCAACUCAAUCUACUACCCAAGGACUCGCACGGCUGCGACUUCUCGCGCGUGCGCCACUGGUCCCUCGACGGCCAGGCAAAGUACUUGCGCCAAACCAUCAUCUUCUCUGAGUUUUUGACGCCCGAGAUCAACGCCCUCGCAUCAGGUCAUAUGUUCAAUGUCGCAGGUCGCGCCAAGUUCCAGCCCAUAUACCCUGGCGCCAUGCUCUCCGUGUCGUCGGUCCUCCCGAGCAGCGUCUCACAGACAUUUCUGAGAGUUCCGUCACCCAACCCGCUCGCCGAUGCGGACGCGCGGUUCAAGUUCUUCACCACGACCAUCCUGCCGAACUUGGUGCGCGACUCGCGACGAAACAAUGGCAUACUGCUCUAUGCGACGAGUUACGCUGAUUUCGUUCGUCUACGGAAUCACCUUUCGACAUCGCCGGACGCGACGAGUCUCUCCUUCGGAUCCGUGUCAGAGUACACGCCUAAGCGGGACGUGUUGCGUGCGCGCUCGCACUUCUUGUCCGGUCGCCACGCUUUGCUCUUGUACUCGGAGCGCGCGCACCAUCAUUUCCGGUACCGCUUGAAAGGGGUGAAGAAGAUUUUCUUCUACUCUGUCCCUGAGAACCCCAGUUUCUGGACCGAGAAUAUCGCGUUAUUGGGAAUCGGAGAGCCAGGCGGACAUGCUAAUGCUAAUCUCAAAAGUGCUGCCGUAAGGGCGCUGUUCUCGAAGUGGGAUGCCUUGAAGCUGGAGCGUAUCGUUGGCACGGAGAGGGUGGGCAGACUGAUCCAUGAUCGCGCGGGAGAUACAUUCAACUUCGUGUAGCUAAUAUUUUGUAGAUGUUGGGCAAUUGUGCAGACAGGUCGUCUUCUGUGUCUCAUGAUAUAUGUACCCCAUCCGUCUAUUCCAUUCCAAUCCAGGUCGUAAGGCAAGCUAUAGUUAUUCCAAGCUCUCAUGCCAAUUGCUAUCUUUCAAC